AUGUAUGCAUUUAAGAUCAACGCUUUGAUAUUGGCCGUUGGCUUGUUGAUACAGUGUCAGACGUCUCGGUGCGCGGAUAAUGACAUGUCUGACGCUCCUGCCAGUCCUGAGGUAGGACAAAGUCAAAAGACGAAAGGACCACCACCAAUUAAGUCGAACUAUCAAGACCAAAAAGAGACUUUAGAAAAGAUUUUGAAGGGAACGUUAAAUAACAACACUGAUAGUGACAAUGGCACAACAACUACAAGUACUGUAAAAACAACUUUGAAGCCAACUAAUAGCCCUCCAGAUCUACCUGAUGUGGGCGAGUCAGAAAAAGAACACAAAAGCAGUCUUACUAUAUUCUUCAUUCUGCUUGUUAUUGCAAUCUGUAUUCUGAUGACACACAUGUUGUUGCAGACUAAGUUCCACUACCUACCAGAGAGUAUAGCAGUUGUCUUAGUUGGUGCUCUGAUCGGAUUGGUACUAAAGAUUUUCAAAUUUGGAAACUGGAGUAAAGAAGAGGCCUUCCCACCGACAAUCUUCUUUAUUGUUCUUCUACCUCCUAUCAUUUUUGAGUCAGGAUACAAUCUUCACAAGGGCAAUUUUUUCCAGAAUAUAGGUACCAUCCUUGUGUUUGCUAUAAUAGGAACAGCUAUAUCUGCAAUGGUUGUGGGUGGUGGGAUAUAUCUGCUAGGACAGGCAGAGGUGGCCUAUGAGUUUACAGUUGUAGAGAGUUUUGCAUUUGGUUCGCUGAUUUCUGCAGUGGAUCCAGUUGCUACCCUGGCAAUAUUUCACUCACUAAAUAUAGAUGAAGUGUUAUAUAUGUUGGUGUUUGGAGAGAGUAUUCUCAAUGAUGCUGUUGCCAUCACUCUCACUAUAACUGUGUUGGAGUUUGAGAGCCCAGAGAUGGCCCAUGUCACUGGAUCGGCAGCGUUCUUUAAGGCAGUAGUUAGAUUCCUAGUCAUGUUUUUUGGUUCCAGCCUUAUUGGCAUGUUCUCAGGACUUGUCAGUGCUCUAUUACUGAAAUUUGUAGAUCUGAGGAAGACACCAUCAUUGGAGAUAGGAAUGAUGUUAGUGUUCUCAUACUUGCCUUAUGGUCUUGCCGAAGGUCUCCAUCUCUCGGGUAUAAUGGCAAUAUUAAUGAGUGGAAUUGUCAUGUCUCAUUACACACAUCUUAAUCUAUCACCUGUCACACAGAUCACUGUACAACAUACAUUCAGAACUAUAGCUUUCAUGGCAGAAACCUGUAUGUUUGCCUAUCUAGGAAUGGCUAUAUUUAGUUUUAAGUUGGUUGUUAAACCUGCCCUUGUUAUUUGGGCUAUUGCGCUGAUAUUAAUUGGUAGAGCAGUCAACAUUUUCCCACUGUCUUUCAUAUCAAAUUAUUUCCGUGAGCAUAAGAUUACAAAGAAACAGCAGUUCAUUAUGUGGUUUAGUGGACUACGUGGUGCGAUUGCCUUUGCUCUCAGUCUUCACCUGGAGUUUGAUACCCCAGAAAAACGUUACGUGCUGGUCACGACAACGCUGAUAAUUGUAUUGUUUACAAUUUUAUUUCUUGGCGGGUCUACCAUGCCAAUGAUGAAAUUAUUAAAAGCCGAGAAAAAAGAGAAGAAGAGGAGGAAAUCAGACAGAGAAAUUUCUCUGAGUAAAACAAAGGAAAUGGGUGAUACAGUCGACAGUGAGCAUUUAUCAGAAUUUACGGAGAGUGAAGCUGAAGUUAGCUUUUCUAAGCCAUCGCAUAAAGGAUUUGUGCGGGUUGAUGCUAGAUACCUUAUUCCAUUCUUCACGAGAAAAUUCACGCAGCAGGAGGUACGUGAUGCGAAGACACAGAUGACGAACUUGACGAAACAGUGGUUUAACGAUGUACGAGCAGCGCCAUCAGAGUCUUCAGAUGAGGAGGAAGAAACGUUAUUUAUAAAUUCUCGACAUAACUCAGAGAGCAAUGAACCUUUACUACAGUGAUCUAGAAUUCCAUAACAGUAAAAAUGCCACUCUGAAGAAAAGAGAUAUUGUUUUGCUCCUUGUUGGUUGGUCAGUUGGUUCCUGCUCAAUAUCUAAAUAAUGCUUUGGCCUACAAUCAUUAGUGGUCUGUGGUUCAGAGGCCACAACGAUCUCUAGACUGAAAACAGUUCCUGCUCAGUAACUAAAUAAUGCUUUGGCCAACAUUCAUCAAACUUCAUAGGAUGAUUACCAGUCCUGUUGUUAGUAGAUGACCCCUAUUGUUUUAGGGGUCUGUGGUUCAAAGGUCACUAUGACUUCUAUACUGAAAACAGUUUCUGCUCAAUAAUUAAAGAAUGCUUUGGCUGUGAAUUUUCUUCAGGGGGUUUCCUGUAGUCAGUAGAUGACCCCUGAUGUUAUUAGGUCAUUUGGUCAAAGGUCAAGGCCACAGCAUACAAUAUCACAUACCCGCUUGCCUCCCACAGGCCAUCACUGGAGGGGAGCAUAAAAUUAUGUGUUUUACAAACAGCUGUUGUUGUGAGAUUGACUUUACAAAAAAAUGUAAUUAAAGUAUUUCUAUAAGGUAGAUUUUUAUGCUGUGCUUGAUAUUUGCUCAUGUUUCAAAUUCUGUUUAGUAUUACUGAUUGAUUCACCUGUUCUGUAAUGGGACUUUUUGUUAAUUUUAGAAAUGAUACCAAUCGUAUAUUGAUUUUGUACGUUAUUCUAUAGAAAUCCAAUGUAUGUGGUAACAGGGUUAUUUCAGUUUUUUUUCCGAAGAAAUAUUAAAUCGAUUUGAAUUUGUCAUUUAUUAUACACCAAAACUAUUACAGUUUAUGGAUUCUUUUAAGACUUUCAGGAUAUCUUAGCAAAGAAAAAAAUCAUAAAGAGAUAAGAAGACUGUUGAAAUAAAGAAAGUACACAAUUUUUCAUGGUGAGAAUUUUGCAAAGAGUUUUGGGUCAUAAAGCUAAUAUAGAGAGCAAAAGGUUUAAAAUCUCUGUUACAGAACUGCUGAAUCAAACAGUACGUUAUACUAACUGGAUUUGAGCUUUUUUUUUUAGAAGUAAGUUUCAAGCUUAUUUUGAAACUUUUCCAAGUUCACUUCCUUGGAAUGUCUCAUUAUGUUUUGAAUGAGCAACUGAUUCUUCUAUUGUUCCUUAGCUCACC